AUGUCCAACCGCAAAGGUUACAACAGCUUGCUUCAACUGACCCAAACGGAUUUUUCCGGCCUGGAGAAAUUGGAGUUACUGAUGCUGCACAGCAAUGAGAUAAACACAAUCCCGGAUAAAGUGUUCAGUGAUUUACAUUCCUUACAGGUCUUAAAAAUGAGCUAUAACAAGGUCAGAGUACUUCAGCAGGAUGUUUUUUAUGGUCUAAAGAGCCUGGUACGGUUGCAUAUGGACCACAAUAAAAUUGAAUUUGUAAAUCCCAAUGUUUUCUACGGACUCACAUCACUCAGGUUGGUCCACUUGGAAGGAAAUUUACUUAAGCAGCUUCAUCCAGAUACUUUUGUCACCUUGUGCUACAGCCAAAUAUUUAAAAUAUCCUUCAUGAGGCACAUAUAUUUGUCUGACAACAUGUUGACUUCACUACCACAAGAAAUGUUCUCCUACUUGUCUGAGCUAGAGAGCAUUUACCUUCAUGGAAACCCGUGGUCCUGUGACUGCCAUCUGCAGGGGUUUGCAGAAUGGGCAAAAGAGAGACCAGAUGUUACAAAGUGCAAAAAAGACAGAAGUUCUGGUGUUCAGCAAUGCCCAGUUUGCGACAGCCCCAAAAACCAUAAGGCCAAAAGCUUGGUGGAUAUCCCUUCUGCGUCUCUAGCCUGCACCAAGCCAGCCAUACAGGACUCCCUGAAAUUUAAAAACCUCACAGUGCCGGAUGAUGGGGAUUUCAGUUCCAUAUCUCCCAGGGACUUCAUUGCUCCUAUAGGAUCCGUGAUUCUGAACAUGACUGACCAAGCAGGCAGUCGAGGUGACUUGGUUUGCAACAUCCAAAAGCCUAAAGAAAUGUCCCCCAUCUCAUUUGACAGAGAGGGCAACAGUACAGUGCUCAGAACAUCGCUCUCGGCAUUUCUCGUCUGUGGCAUCGAGUAUGAACACAUUCAGCAGCUAUGGAGCAUCCUGGCACUGUACAGUAACUCUCCCUUAAAGCUGGAAAGGAAUGUCCUAGUGACUAACGUGCCUUUUAUUAGCUACAAAUACAAACAGAUCUACUCUGAACAAGAUGAACUUUUUACCAAUAUAGAGACUGACCUGAGAGCCGACCCAUCCUGGUUGAUGCAGAGCGAAGUGGCACUGCAGCUCGACAGGACAGCGACCACGCUGAACAUGCUGCACAUCCAGUACUUCACAGACGCACGGAUUAUUCUGCCCGGCGCUGACAAAAAACAGGUGAGAAAUAACUGGACCAUCAUCUCCAGGGACAACAAAACACAAACAGAGCACACUGUCCUAGUCGGGGGCACCGUAGAACUGGAGUGCCAAGCAGCUGGAGAACCAGCUCCUGCCAUCGCGUGGAUACUGGCUGAUGGGAGCAAAGUUCGGGCUCCCUACAUCAGUGAGGAUGGAAGGAUCACGGUGCUGGGAACCGGGACGCUGACAUUACGGACGGCUGACACUUUUGACACUGGGCUUUACCACUGCAUAGGCACGAGCUACAACGAUGCGGAUGCUCUCACAUUCAGAAUUACUGUGCUCGACCCUGACGUGGAACACAACAGCGUAAACGGAGCCCAACUUUCUGCAUCUGUCGGCAGCACACUCGACCUCCCCUGCACAGCCAGUGCCGUCCCAGAUGCUGCCAUCAGCUGGGUGCUACCUGAGCGUGAGAUUCUUUACCAUUCUGUAAGAAACAAACAUAUUUUUGACAAUGGUACCUUGAGAAUACAAGGGUUAACAGAGCGAGACAGCGGGUACUUCAGAUGCGUUGCAGCCAACCAGUAUGGUGUUGAUCUUCUGGUUUUCCACGUGUUAGUCAGAAAGGACAAAACCACCCUAAAGGAAAAGCUCGUGGCUGGGGGAGAAUGGGACGAGGGUGAUGGAUCUGGCAACGCAGUGCUGGCCUCUGCUACAGCACGGGAGCAUCCUCCAGCUCCUCGAGCCACCCUGACAGCGAAGAGGGAAUCUGCUGCCUCGGCACCCAGAGAAGGGGCGGCAGGGAGUGCGCGUGGAGGGAGCAGCUACGGGAGGGUGACUUACAGGCACUACAGGGACAAACCACGGCGGCGGUUUAGGGGACACCGGAGACAGUUUGUUUCCUCAGCCAGGAGAGUCGAUCCGCAGCGCUGGGCAGCCUUUCUGGAAAAAACAAAGAAGAACUCAACACGGGUAGAAAAACAAGAAGUUGCAUCAAAACCGCCUGUUCAAGUCCGUAAGCUCUCAGAAGUACCUGGGGAUGAGGAGGAGGCAUCUGGUGAUCUCGUAUCUCCAGAGGAAGAAUUCAUGAUCCCAGUAACAGAGACGGCCGCGCCGGGGCGAGCGACGGAAAGUCUGGUAACUGCGGGGCCCGAGGUGACCACGAGCAACACUCCUGCCAGGAAAUCCUCGCUCCUGGCUGCAGAGGCAGUAACUCCCCUUCCCUCUCCCUCUUCACAGUCUGUGUCUUCUGGCAGCAGAAGGCCACAAACAUCUCUAAAACCUACAACUGCGAACUCCCGGGAAGGAUCCGAUUUAAGUCACAUAUCAGCAAAUGGCAUAAAACAAUCAACUGCAUCAAAUGGAGCAAGUAGAACAUCUACACUCUUCCCCGCUGGGCUAAGCUUGGUACAGUCUGGGGUAGGUAAUAACCAGCAUUUAAAACUUGUAUCUACAACACCCCCGACAGAUGUUACGGACACCAGCAGGUCUGUAACUUCCCAAAACACAGUGGAGAAGCAGAAUGUUUUCACCGAGUCUGCUGAUAAUAUUUCUACCAAAACAGAUCACCAGGUACCUGUUGUGACAGUUGGUGAACCAAGUCCUGAGCUUGGUCCCAUUUAUUCUCAGAAUACUCAGAGACGAGUAACUCCUAAGCCGCCGUUGGCCUUGGCUAUUGUUCCUCAUCAGCAAAUUCAGAUUAUUCAGGACGCUACAACUCACACCCCCCAGGCCCAGCAGCAAUAUGGGAGACAAAGGAAAAUUUCUGGUAGGAGACGAAUUGUUAGACCAGGAUAUAUUGCAAGUAUGAAAGAGCACAGAUACAACUUUGGGAGGCCAGGAUCUGCCAGAGGAAGUACAGCUGUGGCUCCAGAUGUUCAACCGAAUAUAAAGGAUGUAUCACAUUUACCAACUUUAAGUAAUUUAGGCAGCUCCAUCAACCCAUUUAGCCCAGAAGUGCCUCUGUCCUCCCCCUCUGCCAUGACUGCGCCGCCGGAGCACCCCGCGGGUACUCACCAGGACACGGCAUUGCUCGGGGAGGAGGAGAACGAACCUGGGGCCAGGCAAAAAGCUACUACGACAGUCUGGCCUUUCUUUGCCAAGGGCACCCAGGACACUGCUCCGUGGAGACUGGGGAGCAGCGCUCCACUGCAGACAAAUGCUGACAGAGUCCAACCCUUCAGCACCACACUGCCGGUGGCAAUCCACCCAGCUCACGCUGCUGCAGGAACUACACCCGCCCUGAGCACAGAGACAGCUUCUGCCCCUGAAUCAGUCUCACCUAGUGUUAAACCUCAAUCCUCACCCCAAAGUUCCCAAAGAGGAGAAAUGACUUGGGAACGUCUCUCUGGAAAUGGUGCUCAAAAAGAGGUUCCGAAGGAGCUACAAAACCAACAGAGAGAGACGCUUCCAUCAACAGAGAUGUCGACUGUGCUUCCUGAAACUACAGCAGCACUGGCUCUGCCCAGGGGGUCUCCUUUGCACUUUCUGCCUCUUUCAGCAGGUGGGAACCACAGCAACGGUGCCUGGUCUUUAAACAAACUCGUUCAUUACGGCAGCAGUGACUCAGAAGAACACCUCCCCACUGCAACCAAAGGAAGGGAUGUGACAAGUCUGGAGCCAACAGUUGCACCUAUUAUUGCUCCUCAGAGUGACACCAAAAUCACCAAAAGUAAAAUAUUCAGAGUGGGAAGAAAGAGAGGUCAGAGGAGGAGGCGGCCACCUAAAACGUCUACACCAAGUGUGACUGCAGGGCACAGCGCCACCGCGGUCCCGCUGUGGCAGGAGCCGCCUGCCGCGGGCAGCGAGCGCGGCAGCCCCUCGGCCGUCAGGACACGGACCCGACCCGAGUCGUCCCAGGACGUGGCCCCGUCUGCUGCUCGGGGCGGGAGAGAGGAGGAGAGCGCUGCCGGGGGCCGCUCUGAACCCGCCACUGCCGAUCCUAUCGCCUUGGACGCCUUAAGCAGAAAUAAUUUUGCAAAGCCCAGAAUAAUUGGAGGAAAAUUAGCUGCUUUUACCGUGCUGGCUGAUUCAGAUGCUUUUAUCCCUUGUGAAGCUACUGGUAACCCCCGUCCAACAAUACAGUGGACCAAGGUAUCGCCAGGGAUGGAGGCUCCGGAAGGCCGCGGGGAGGGCAGGUGGCGGGUGUUUGCCAACGGCACGCUCGCCAUCUCCCGGGCGGGCCUGGGGGACCGCGGGCAGUACCUGUGCACCGCUGCCAACCCGCUCGGCGCGGCCCAGCUCCUCGCCACCCUGUCCGUAGUGGCCUACCCGCCCCGCAUCGCCGGCGGGAGGUGGCAGCUCCUCACCGCGCACUCCGGGAAGGCUGCGGCAGUGACGUGCAGAGCCGAUGGCCGGCCUCCUCCCACCAUCACCUGGGUUCUGGCAAACAAAACACACGUCUCCGACUCUUCCGCGGGGAAUAACGGCGUUCGUGUGGAACCCGACGGCACUUUAAUUAUCGAGGAAGCCACUGUUUACGACAGGGGCCUCUACACAUGCGUGGCUAAAAACCCAGCGGGCACUGACACGCUGGUUGUAAAGCUGCAGGUCGUUGCGGCGCCGCCCGCUAUUCUGGAAGAGAAGAGAGAACGUGUUGAAGGAACCAUGGGGGAAAAUCUGAAACUCCCUUGCACCGUGACAGGGAAUCCUCGGCCCGCUGUCCACUGGGUGCUCUUCGAUGGCACGGUGGUGAAACCUCUGCAGUUUGUAAACGGCAAGCUGUUCCUGUUCGCCAACGGCUCCCUCCACCUCAGCACUGUCGCCCCCUCCGACAGCGGGAAUUACGAGUGCAUAGCCACGAGCUCGACCGGCUCAGACCGGAGGGUGGUGACCCUCGUGGUGGAACGCAGAGAUACGCUUCCAAAAAUAGCCACCGCCUCACGAGAGGUGACUCGGUUGAACUUUGGGGAUCAGCUGCUUCUGAACUGCACAGCGACGGGAGAGCCAAAGCCCAGGAUCAUCUGGAGGCUACCCUCCAAGGCAGUGGUCGACCAGUGGCACAGAAUGGGAAGUCGAAUCCACGUCCAUCCCAAUGGGUCCUUGGUUAUCGAGGCAGUCACUGAAAAGGAUGCAGGCGACUAUUUGUGUGUUGCCAGAAAUACCAUCGGAGACGAUCUGAUACUGAUGAAAGUCAGCGUCACCAUGAAACCAGCCAAGAUUGACCAGAAACAGUAUCUCAAGAAAGUGGUGCCGUACGGGAAGGAUUUCAGAGUGGACUGCAAGGCCUCCGGGUCACCCGCCCCAGAAAUAUCCUGGAGCCUGCCCGACGGGACGGUGAUCAACAACGCGAUGCUGGCAGAUGACAGCGGCCACAGGUCGCGCAGGUACGUCCUCUUCGACAACGGGACUCUGUACCUCAACAAAGCUGGAGUAACGGAGGGAGGAGAUUACACCUGCUACGCUCAGAACACGCUGGGCAGGGAUGAAAUGACGAUACACGUCACGGUCGUCAUGGCAGCCCCUCAGAUAAAGCACAACUACAAGACACACAUGCAGGUGAAAGCUGGAGACGUGGCAUUACUGGACUGUGAGGCCGUUGGAGAACCCAAGCCAAAAAUAUUCUGGUUGUUACCUUCCAGUGACAUGAUCUCCUCGUCAACAGCCAGACACCUCCUGCACGUCAAUGGGUCUCUGUCAGUCAGUCGAGUCAAACUGUUAGAUGCCGGGGAGUAUAUGUGUGUCGCUCGGAAUCCUGGAGGGGACGAUACAAAGUUGUACAAAUUGGAUGUUGUUGCUAAACCACCCAUCAUAAACGGUUUACACAUGAACAAAACAAUCAUGACAGUGACGGCAGUCAGGCAUUCGAAGAAACAAAUUGACUGUAGGGCAGAAGGGACGCCCCCCCCUGAGAUUAUGUGGAUCAUGCCUGAUAAUAUUUUCCUAACAGCUCCAUAUUACGGGAGCAGGAUUGUAGUACACAAAAACGGGACGCUUGAGAUUCGGAACAUAAGGCCCUCUGACACAGCCGAGUUCAUCUGUGUGGCCCGUAACGACGGGGGUGAGAGUAUGUUGGUGGUGCAGCUGGAGGUAGUGGAAAUGCUGCGGCGACCGACAUUUAAAAAUCCAUUCAAUGAAAAAAUAAUAGCAAAACCAGGGAAAGCUACUACGCUGAACUGCUCCGUGGACGGGAACCCUCCGCCAGACGUCAGCUGGAUGCUGCCCAAUGGCACGUGGUUCUCUGGCGGCAUCAAGACCUCCCAGUUUCUGACAGGAAGCCAUGGCACCCUCACCAUCUCCAGCCCCGACACAGCCAAAGCAGGGAGGUAUCGCUGCGCUGCCAGGAAUAAAGUCGGCUACAUCGAGAAGCUGCUCAUCGUGGAGGUUGGCCAGAAGCCCAACAUUCUGACUCGCCCAGUGGGGCCAGUGAAGGGCAUCAGCGGGGAGUCGCUGUCGCUUCACUGCCUGUCCGAAGGGAGUCCCAGGCCAAGGACAGCGUGGACGCUGCCGGGCGGCUCGGUGCUGGAGCGGCCGCAGCUCGGCAGGAAGCACGUGCUGCUGGAGAACGGCACGCUGCUCAUACGGGACGCCUCCGUCCACGACAGGGGCGACUACGUCUGCAGGGCCCACAACGACGCCGGGGAGUCCUCCCUCACCGUUCCUGUCGUCAUCGCGGCCCACGCCCCGCGGAUCACCAACAGGCCGCCGCGGGCCGUCCACACCGUGCCCGGCGCAGCGCUUCAGCUCCACUGCGCGGCACUGGGAAUUCCUAAACCAGAGAUUUCCUGGGAGCUACCGGACCGCUCCGUGCUCUCUACAGACCACCGAGGCCGAGCAUCGGGCAGCCAAGUGCUUCACCCCUCAGGGACGUUACUCAUCGAGAACCCCCGGCCCUCGGACUCCGGCGCGUACAAGUGCACGGCGAAGAACCACCUCGGCAGCGACUUCACGGUCACAUACGUUCACGUCAUCUGAAGUAAGAAACGCAGCACAAAGGAGCCUCCACAAAUUUGGCAGCUGGACCGAGCUCAGUCACGGAGUGAGGUUAAUCAAAGGCAGCCCCAGGCUAAAUACACCCCCCGCAGUCAGUCUGCAGUGGCCCUGCAAAAAGGAGAGGAGGGACCUGGGGAAGAUGAGGUCCAGCAUUAGUACCUGGCAUUUGUUCUUUCAGUGAUUAAACAGACAAAUUAAUUUAACAAACUGAAGGCGCAUUUGCUCUGCCAGCAAACAGGGAAUAUCAAAUAAGAUUACCUUUUGGAAAUGUACCUAGAGAUCUUCAGUAGAGGACAAGACUUCUUCAGUGUGAAAUGCCCCAUGUGACAUGAGCAUGGAUCACAUAAACCCAGAGUAUCUGAGAACCAAAGAGCAGAUUUUAUUACGAUGCAAAUUACUGUCUCAAUACAUUUGAAUAUUUAGUAUGUUUUGUAAUAAAUAUUCAAUGG